CCAAUCUGACAUGUUUUCUCUACACAUGUCCACAAAACAUGGCACUUUGGCAACACAAACUAUGCAUCUCAUAUCUACUAAUCCUUUGCUUGGCCACUGUGGUUUCUUCACACAGCAGGUCUUACACAACUCCAAGUGUCACACGCUUGACUGAUUCUUUCCCACGUGUACCGGUUGAUCGUGCUUUUUCUAAGGCUUUUGGGGCCUCAAAUGUCCAAUUUCUCAGUAAUGGGUCCACGGCCACACUGGCUCUUGACAAAAUCUCAGGCUCUGGCUUGGUUUCACAAAGCAGAUACUACUAUGGAUUCUUCAGUGCUGCAAUCAAAUUACCUUCUGGUUUGUCACCUGGAGUUGUAGUUGCUUUUUAUUUGUCAAAUUCAGAUAAAUACCCUCACAACCAUGAUGAGAUAGAUAUCGAACUGCUUGGUCAUGAUAAGAGAAAUGAUUGGGUUCUUCAAACAAAUCUCUAUGCCAAUGGAAGUGUCAGCACAGGGAGAGAAGAGAAAUUCUAUUUCUGGUUCGACCCAACACAACAGUACCAUUAUUACAGCAUCUUGUGGAACAGUUAUCACACAGUGUUCUUGGUGGACAAUGUUCCAGUGAGGGAAUUCAUACAUAGCAACACAUAUCCUUCUAUUUAUCCAUCAAAGCCAAUGUCAGUGUAUGCCACAAUAUGGGAUGGUUCAGAAUGGGCUACUCAUGGAGGCAAAUACCCAGUUAACUACAAGUAUGCACCAUUUGUUGCUUCAUUUUCACAAAUAGAACUCAGUGGCUGCAUAUCUGAUCCCACAGCACCAGUUUCUUCAUGCUCUAAGGUCAAUUCAGGCCAAGACCCAGUUAAUGGACCAGAGUUUACUAAGCUGUCACAGCAGCAGAUAGCAGCUAUGGAUUGGGCAAGAAGGAAACUCAUGUUCUACUCUUACUGCAAUGACAGAUCCAGAUUCAAAGUCAUGCCACCAGAAUGCCAUUAACAAACAUUAUUUGAGAAAAAUUAUGAAAAGAGAAUUCCUGAAAUAAGUAUUUAUAAAUUAUCAUUAACACCAAUUUUUUAUUUUCGAUUAUCAUGAAGGAAGCAAUAAUCAUACUUUAUAUAAAUUACAUCUUUUCAUUCCUUCAUGGUAAAGAUUUUUCUGGAAUUCUCUUUUCAUAAUUUUUCUAAUGAAUUAUAGUCUUUACCUCUUUUGAAAAAAAAAAGUUUUUUAUUUUCACCCGAGUGGGGGAUAAUAUAUAAUAUUGUUGUAAGUUCAAUUCUUUGGCUCAAUAAUCGAAGGCAGGUGUCAGAAAGAACACUUCAACAGAAAAUGGGCAAAGUAUAUCAUAUUUUAUUGGAUGACCA